AUGGGUGAGCACUGUGCCACUAGGCUGAGCUUCCCUGCUGGGCAAGAGCCAGGAGAAGAGAUCCAACCUAAUUCUUCAUCUGAGCCAAGGGUAUAUCCAAGAAGAGGUUCCGGGAGGCGAGGCAACAGUGGCAGGGCAGAGCAUGCAGCCUCCCAAGGAAGACUCCAAUCUGAAUGGCAACCUACAGCAAAUGAAGAGCGUGGCACCGACCUCCUGAAUCUGCCCUUUCACAGGAAGCUGUGGAUCAUCGUGCAUAACAAGGCCUUCAAGUCUGUGAACUGGAAUGAAGAAGGAGACACCAUCACUGUUCAGAUAAACCUGUUUAAAAGAGAGGUCCUUCACCGCAGGGGCGCAAGGAAGAUUUUUAAGACAAACACCUUGAAGAAUUUUAUUCGCCAGCUCAACUUCUACGGAUUCAGAAACAUUCGCCCAAAGGAUUCUGCGCGCAGCUCUGGAGAAAACAAGAAAAUGAUGAUCUAUAGCAACGUCAACUUCCAGAGAGACAAGCCAGAGCUCCUGGAGAAUAUUGUGAGCAGCAAAUCAACUGAUGCAAGUGCGGGAAGGAAGGCACGAUCUCCAAUCACAAGUGCAGGGCCAAGCCCAAAGAAGAUAAAUGACAGACCUUCCCCUCAGUUACAUAAGUCCAAGGGAGAUGGCAAGAGGUCCCAUCAGGGGGCUGCCACAGGGCCUUCUAGUACACGCAAAAAGAGCAACAUCCCUGUAAGUGCCCCAGACAGCUGCCCACCUCAGGAGACAAGUCGUCAGGGUAGAAAGGUCACGUCUGAUAAUGAUACAGUUUCUCCAUCCGCUGCUGUGAACAUGGAAGAGGCUGGGUAUGCACGCAGGAGCUCCUUAGGGUACCUCAUAUAUGGGUUUCUGAGGUCUGUGUACAACAUUUGUUAUUCCAUCCUGAAAGUUGCCAUUUUGGAGAUUUUCCUAAGUGAGUACAAUGAGGAGGAAAUGGAGGCAGAGGAAGAAGAGGAAGGUGAGGAACAAGCCUCAGAGAACACAUGCAUUAUCUGUGCCCUGUUAAAAACGAAUAUAGUUCGUGGACUCAGAGGAAUUGAAGACUAA